UUGUCAAGGCUUUAAUAGAAGUAUAUUGUCAUAUGUUUGUGUCAAAUAUUAUAGAUAAAUGAAAAAUAAACCUAAAUCAAUGGCUAAAUAAAGUAAAUAUAUCGAUAUUGGCCAGAAAUUAACUUUAAACAGCAGUGUCUGAGAGCAAGAUUUGCUAUAUAAACAGCAGCCAUUUGUAAAAUAGAGUGGCUUCCCCCUGAAUCUCGCGCUAUAAGCUUAUAAAAAUAAAACUUAAACAAGAUGGCUGCUAUAGUAAAAGAGCAUGGUUGCAUCUGUUAGAAACAUCACUAGUCUUCAUUUAUUACGGAAAAGUUUUAAUUCAAUUGUUUGAAAACAGUCUUUCAAUUUCGGAUGCAAUUAAUUAAAGAAUAAAAGAUGAGUGGAGGGAAGGUGGACUGCAAAGUUGUCCUCCUAGGAAAAGCGUAUGCUGGUAAAACAAGCCUUGUUGAACGCUACAUUCAUAACAGAUUUCUGGGGGAUACUGUGCCAUACCAAAAUACUAUUGGUGCUGCUUUUGGAGCAAAGACAGUAACAACAAGAAAUAAAAAUGUUAUUAUAGGAAUAUGGGACACAGCAGGUAGUGAAAGAUAUGAAGCUAUGAGCAGGAUCUACUAUAGAGGGGCCAGAGCUGCUAUUGUUUGUUAUGACCUUACAGAUAAAUCAAGUUUUGACAGAGCUAGAUUUUGGAUAGGUGAAUUACAGAAGCAUGAAGAAAUUUUUACUUCUAAGGGCUGUCAAAUUUAUCUUUGUGGAACUAAGUAUGACAUUGUUGAGGAGAAUCCAGAUUUGCGCACAGUAGACGAGAAAGAAGCUAAAGCCCUAGCUCUAGACGUAAGAGGUGAAGUCUAUGAAACCUCUAGCAAGUCAGGCAAAGAUAUUGAAAAAAUGUUUAUAAAAAUUGCUGAUGAUUAUUUAGCUGUGAAGGCGUCCACUCUAAAUCAAGAUAACAAUGAUGCUGUACAUGUGAGAAAAACACCCAAGAAACAUUUAUGUGCCUCUUGUAGUAGUUGAUAGCUGGUUUGAUUUGUUGUUUUUAAAAAUGUAUAUUACUUAAGUACAGAGCUAACAUGAUGACUAAAGUGAAAGUCCCAAAUACUGACAAGUUAAAUCACAGAAACACUAGACUAUGCAAUGUGCAACUAUGAUCUACGGGUAGUGAAGUAGUUAAAUGAAACUAUUGACUUGCUUUAACAAAUGAUUAAGUAUUGUAUUACAAUGAGUUUUAUGAAAGCUUUGUUCACCAGCAAACUGAUAAAGAACAGUUCAUAAUAAAACACUUCUCACAUUAAAUUUCUGUAAAGGCUUCUGGACAUAGAAAUUUUGUAAUUUUUUGCCUUAAAAAAUAUGCAAUUGUUUUCAUGUAAUUUCACUGAAGUUGAAGUCUUUCAUUCUGCAUAAUUGAUAUUGUUUUAUGUAUUUAAUUUUAAACUUGUAAACACCUGCCUGAUUUAAAAUAAAGAUUGUGGACCACAGAC